UGAACUUUGACAUCCAUCCACUUUUACGACCAGGGGGGUGUUACGUAAUAUACAAUAGGUCGUAAAAAUCUUACCUAUACCGCUAUACUACUCUUCUCAUACAUCAUGCAAUGGUGCUAGCAUAAUGCCAAACUUCAUAUGCAGCAUCUAAUCUGAACCCACGAAGCAGAAAUCCUUUAAUUUCCAAGCAGAGAAUAGAUGGGCACUGCACCCGAGCAGCUCCACUUAUGUUAGUUAUUAUAGGUCUUUGAAAUCUUUCUUUAAUUUUGUUCAACUUGCCUCUCAACUGUUCAGGUGUCCUAGGGAACCAUCCCUCGCUCAUCCUGUCUGCCAUAUCUUUUAAACUCUCUUGUUUCUCUGCACCUCUUCAUCAGCCCAUAAGUUCAGAAGAAAAAAAAAACUGGACCUCAGCUCUUUUCCCAACCAUAAUUGAUGUUUUUUGGGGUAAUAAUUUUUAACUGAACAUAAUUUACCAAAAGACAUAGUAAUGUUAUGUACUUAGAUCUGUCAGACACAGAUGUUUGGUAGUAUGAUAAUAUGGGGAGCCAAGAAAAAACCUCAAAACCUGAAGAAAUAUGUACAUGGAUGCCAUCAUCGAUGUACUUUUAACAUACAUCAGCACUUUUUCUGCUGUACUCCUAUCUGUGCUCUUGUUCACCAGGAUGGAAAUGUAUCUGGCAUUCCUGAUAGCACCAUCAAGACCACGUCUGAUGUCCUUGGCCAAAAACUUGGUGAAAAUGUUGAUUGAUCCUAGAUCCACACUAUGACUCUUCUCCAGGCUCACCAGAAAUGGAAAAUAGGCAAAUAGUUUCUCAUGCUUAGCCAGGUGGUAGCAUACAGACUGAAAUGCGAGCAGCAAGAAUAAAGAGAUGCAACAUAUCAAAAGUGGAUUUUGGCAAGUGUGUGCCAGCCAGCCCUCUCUGCUUCACGGGAAACCAUGAAUUUUGUCAUACAAAUUGUAAUGUGUGGAGAGGUAGCUUUGAAUUUGUAUACUCCAGUGUCAGAGUUAGACAAGCAACUUGUUUCACACAACUAGUUCGCCAAUGAAUUCAGACUGUUCUGAUGCAGUGUCUGAAACCAUCUGCUGUGGCCAAGUCAAGGCAACUGAGCAGCCUAAAAAAUAUAUGAUGAUCUGGUUACAUGCCCAAGACAUCUUUGCAAAAAAUGCGUCCAGACAGGUUUUUUUUCAUGGCUUUCUAGUACCAAAUGUGCCAGCCAAACACAAGUAAGUGCACAUACUGAUAGUACAAAUAGGAUACUUCAAUCUCAGAAGGCUAAUACCAAGACCCAGCAAUUCUUGGCACAUAGGCCACCCUGUGUGCUGCUCUGGCUGUCUGGUAUAUUCUUGGUAUUGUUACAUCGAUACAUUUGUAUAUUGAGCCAUUUUUGCUCCUCCCAAUAUGUAUCCAACAAUCAGUGAUUGGGUCCCCCUCUGACCCACUGCCUUUCCCUUACUUUGUUCCCUAAUGUUGACACCACUCUUCUGUUAUAUUCUGCAGUUUUUUCCUCUCCAUUCAUCUUCCAAUAGCCAUUUCUCUUCCAGAUUUUCACCGGAUAGGCCUAUCGAAUGUAAUCGGAUGCUACGUAAUAUUAGCACAACGUCUAUUGUUGGUAGAGUUAGAGGUAGACUCGACACGUAUAAACCUAACAAUGACUCAAAACACACAGUUAGAGGUCUAUCCACAGUUCUUUUACCUGUCACAGCCAGCAGAAUGAAUAUCUUUUGCUGUUCUGUUUUAAUUAUACUUAUGGAACAAACAAUCAUCUAGCCCAUAAAAGAACCAUAUUGCAAUGCCCAGGUGUGGAUCUAGCCAGAUUAGACACAAAACCAUUUCAGGGGCCGUCUUGUUUAAAUUGCACAUCACCUAUUAAUACUAUUUUGUCUAAUCUGGACGGAUAGCCUGGCAAUGCCCAGAUACAGUAUUGACACUUGUUUUUGCUCUCACAUCAGCUUUUCUUCUUUACAUGUAUGUGUUAUGGAGCAAGUAUUACAUGAGGUCUGAGUCCCUCUUAGACAAGACCGAGACAAGGACUGAUACAGUGGUCACCAGGACAGAGACUUAAUCGAGACAAUGGCACCCCAAGGCUGAGACAGAGACACUUGUGUCUAGAACCAGCCAAGACUGAGACAAGACAAGAGACAGACACACUUUUGUCAUGAGACAUGUCUCGAGACAUCCAACACUGAUCCUGAUUUACCAUAAUCUUGGAUUCAGUCAAUAUUGUGCAUUAAUCAAUUGUUGAUAGAGGGAAAAUCCCAUCUCUUGGCAACAAUGUCUUUGUUGAUAAAUAUAAAUACUUAGAUUACCAAACAAAAUCAUUUUUCCUGAUCUGACCGAGUUAUACAUGGAAGGCUAAAUUGCAACAGUGAAAUCAAGUUUCUAAAUGAAACACGUAUAUAUGCCACUGGAUCAUGUCCCAUCACAUCCUUCAUCAGAUCAGUUUGACUUUACACAAAUUCACCAUCUAAAUCCAUAUAGAACCUUUAAUCUUGAUUCAAUUAAAUAGACUUCAAUAAUUAUUUUAUUUUAAAAUCCACCUGCAGUCUACAUGUACAUGUAGCAUGAAACUGGAUAUGUUUUAGGUCAAGUCAUGCCUGACAUAAAGACUUGAGGGUAAUGCAGACGAGGGGUGGGGGUGGGGGUACUGAGCAGAAUUUUUUGUGAGUGCCAAGAGGUCGGUAUCUCUUUCUUGCUCAUGUUAAGUAAAACCAUUUUUAUGCAUAAAUUGACCAAGAAAGGUUGUCUAUUCAGAGAUAUUAGCCAGCUUUAUCAUUGAUUUAGAAAAAUAUUUGUGUAAGAAAAUUGUCAUCUAUUUUGCACAGUAUACGACUAAGUGUCAAAAUAUUAAUUAGAAUAAAUUAUUUUCAUGCAGCCAAACCUAUGUAAUAUAAUUCAUGAUGUACAAUAGAAAUGUUUGUGAAAUGCCAUGAUUAUUUUAUGACCAUAGUAUUAAUAAAAAUUAAGUGAAUUUACUUUAAAAAUAAGACUGGUCACUAAAUUGUGAGAUGUGAUAAUUAUUAACUUCCAUUAUUAUUGACAAACUGCAACACCUUUCCUAGCUCAAACCAUUAGAUGUGGGGUAUCAGGUGUUUGUUCUUCAAUAGAAAUGUACAAGAACUGAUGUUGUCAAUAUUAUGACUGGGUUGCAACUAAUCUACAAUUACUUCCACAACCUACAAGAACUAUGAUAUAACCUUGACACUGAGUCACAGCUCAUCUGUAAUUGCUGUGUGGUACCAGAUUGGUUCUACAAGAACUAUGAACAUCGACAUUGUGACUGGGUCACUCACAAAUCUACAAAAUGCUGUGUGGUACCAGAUUUGUUCUACAACUUUAAUACAAGAACUAAAUAAACAUUUUGACUGGGUCAUAACUCAUCGAUAAUUGAUGUGUGGCACCAGAUUUGUUCUACAACCUACAAGAACUAUGUUAUCAACAUUGUGACUUGGUCACAAUUUAUAUACAAUUGCUGUGUGAUAUCAUACAUGUAUUUGUUCUACAACCUUCAAGAACUUAUCGACAUUGUGACUGGGUCACAAUUUAUCUACCAUUGCUGUGUGGUACCAUAUUAGUUCUACAACCUUCAAGAACUUAUCAACACUGUAACUGGGUCACAAUAUAUCCACAAUUGCUGUGUGGUACCAUAUUUGUUCUACAACCCUCAAGAACUUAUCAACAUUGUGACUGGGUCACAAUAUAUCUACAAUUGCUGCGUGAUACCAUACAUGUAUUUGUUCUACAACCUUCAAGAACUUAUCAACUUUGUGACUGGGUUACAAUAUAUGUACAAUUGCUGUUUGGUACCAGAACUACAACCUUCAAGAACCUAUCAUCAUUGUGGCUGGGUCACAAUAUAUGUACAAUUGCUGUGUGGUACCAUAUUUGUUCUACAACCCUCAAGAACUUAUCAACAUUGUGACUGGGUCACAGUAUAUCUACAAUUGCUGUGUGGUACCAUACAUGUAUUCUUCAACCCUCAAGAACUUAUUGUGACUGGGUCACAAUACAUGUAUAUCUACAAUUUCUGCGUGAUACCAUAUAUGUAUUUGUUCUACAACCUUCAAGAACUUAUCAACUUUGUGACUGGGUUACAAUAUAUCUACAAUUGCUGUUUGGUACCAGAACUACAACCUUCAAGAACCUAUCAACAUUGUAACUGGGUCACAAUAUAUCUACAAUUGCUGUGUGGCACCAGAUUUGUUCUACAACCCUCAAGAACUUAUCAACAUUGUGACUGGGUCACAAUAUAUCUACAAUUGCUGUGUGAUACCAUACAUGUAUUUGUUCUACAACCCUCAAGAACUUAUUGUGACUGGGUCACAAUAUAUCUACAAUUGCUGUGUGGUACCAUAUUAGUUCUACAACCUUCAAGAACUUAUCAACAUUGUGACUGGGUCACAAUAUAUCUACAAUUGCUGUGUGGUACUUGCAUUUUUCAACAACCUUCAAUAUAUUAUCAACAUUAUUAUGAAGCCUUGGUACAAUUGCUGUGGGGUACAUAUAUCUGUUCUGAAUUCUCAAGCCCUUUUAUAGUUAUGAACCUUGGUAAUGUAUUUUGUCACUCCAGAAUGUACUGAAGCAACUGAGUUCUUGAUAAAGAGAUUUGUGUAUUUUGUAUCAUGUCACUACUCGAGAUAUGUAUUGUGUUCUAACACUAUAUUUUGAAAUAAGGAAAAUUGCACAUCUAUUUAUUUUAACAUCACCAAAGAAAAACAAACUGGUAUAGUUAAUGUAAUUUCAGUUCAUGGGUUUGGCUGCAUGAUUACUUAUUCAUGGUUUUUUGUCACAUUUAUUCAUAUAACUAUAUCAAUACAUUAUUCAUUGUCAUUAUUAACAGGCAUUUGGGCAGAAGCAAAACUCCUUCAUGUUUUUUUUUCUGGUCUAAGAUAUUCUGUAUUUUUAAAAUACUUUUGUUGACUAGCUUGAAUUACAUACAAAUAUGAAUUUACAAGUACUGUUUGCUUGAAUAACUCAACAAAGGUGUCAUUUUAGAACUCAUCUUCCUGUGUACACAGAUUUAAAUAGUUGGCUCUUUUGUGUUGUAAUCAAGUUUGAAAUGUAAAUAAAUGAUUGAGAAAAAAACCACAAUGCAAUAGAGAAUGACAUGAAAAUUUCUAACAGCCAUGUUUUAUUUUCUGUUGAUCUCUUUGCAUUGUUUUAGAUUUCUGACCCCUGUUGCAUCCACCACUGGCCAACAAGUGAGACACAAACAAUUCUACCCCAAGUAUAAGAAGGUCGAUAUCUCCAAGGAAAACUUCCCCCGCUUCAAACAACAGCCACCAGAGGGCGACCUAACCAAGGACAAUGAGACAUUCGUGUAUAAAUGGAGUCAGACGAAGCAUCUGAUGAGUCCAUUGAAGCAUGCUCCGUGGCCAAGAGGUGAAUGGACUCCACAAUCGAAGAGAACGGGCGUGAUAGCGAUCAAGCUGGGUAUGCAGCCGCUGUGGACUAAAGAUGGAAAACGGAUUCCUACUACGCUUCUUCAGGUAUUGGAAUGCAAUGUAUUGGAUUUCCAUCCUAAAGGUCUGAAUGGUAAUGAUAGACCAGGUACCGUACUUGUAGCAGCCAAGAAUGCAUCACCUUACUAUAAAGAUGAAGAGUAUGCAAACCUGUUCAAGUCGGCGUGUCUACCCGUCAAGGAACAUAUUACUAGCUUUAAUGUGACUGAUGAUGCAGCCAUUCAACCAGGUACUCCCCUGUAUGCUGCUCAUUUCAGACCAGGCAUGUAUGUAGACAUUGCUGCCAAAACGAUCGACAAGGGCUUCCAAGGUGUGAUGAAGAGAUGGGGUAUGAAGGGUCAACCAGCUUCACACGGUGCUACUAAAACACAUAGGAAGAUGGGAGGAUCAGGUGGUGGAGGGGAUCCUGGAAGGGUUUGGCCCGGAAAGAAGAUGGCUGGAUUCAUGGGUGAUAAACUCAGAUGGACUUAUGCAUUGAAGGUGGUUCGGGUGAACACCAAGCAUAACAUCCUAUAUUUGAAGGGUACCGUACACGGGCGUAACCUUGGCUUUGUCAAGAUCAAAGAUUCUCACGUCCGUCCCGGCUCCGAGAUGCCUCCGUUCCCUACGUAUUUUCCGGAUGAGGAAGUAGAAGAAGACCUGUUUGAUGAAUCACUCCAUAAUUUCUCUGAUCCUAGCAUUGAAUAUGAAGUGGAGGAAUCGUGAUGAUUAGAUGGAGGCGCGCAUCGGAUUCCAUGCCUCAUAGACUUUGAAAAAGACCUUGCACAUCGCUCGUCUCAGCCAUGAAUAUGAAAUGCUGAUGGGAGUUCUGUUUGGUGUUUUAAAUGAUCAAUGUGAAAAAAAAACAUAAAAUGGAUUUUCUAUAGCGAAUCAAACAUUUGGAACUAAUGCAUCGGUCAACUCGUAUGCAAGUAUCAUGUGGAUGCCGACUGUCCUAUGAGAAAUGAAUGAAACAGAUUGCUGGAUAUGAUUUUAGAACUGCAAAUGAUCUUUCAUAAACACAGAAUAUUUUGUGAUGUUGAAAGUUGUCAAACAUAACCCUAUUGCAGGAUAAUCGUGAGAAAAUAAAACCAUUGAAUAUAGAUUAUUUGUACAUGGAUUUCUUAUCGUCUCUAAAAUUGAAAGAGAAUUUCCUUUCAAUUGGCUUGGCUAAACAAAAUUAAUCAUGUGAAAUCAUCCUCUAUAAAGAUAUUAGAGAGUGCAGAGAUGCAUACAUAUAUGGCAAUACAGCUACAUGUAGGCACUCUUGUGUCAUUUCCUGGCAAAUCAUGUACAGACAUUCAUCUCUGUGUAUUAAGGCAAGAGUGUUCCACACUGCUUGAUUACAUGCAUGAAUACAACCAAGAUGUAUGUCUUCCAGCCAUGUGUUUAUUCUCAUUUCUCCCUUUUUUUCCCUUUUUUUUUCUGGGGGGGCUGUUAGUUGAUUCCAAGUUUGGUGUUGGGUGCUGGAGUAACGAACAGACUUUAGCCAGGACACUGAACUUAAAAGCAAGGCUGGUGCUACAAUAAACAUUACUAGUUGUUGUGUCUUCAAUGAUGCAAUUAGUGUCAUUUUCUACACCUGAUUUCUUGUUUCUAUGUACAGAGCUCCGUUCAGCAGCCUAUUCUUUUUAACCCUAACACCCAACAUCAUACUUAAGACAACCAAUGAAUGUGAUGUGUUGAGAGCAAAUUGUUUUCCAUGAAGACUGACACCAAUAUUUGAAUGAGUGAUUGAUAUGAAUAAAGACAUUUAACAACAAAUUA